AUGGGGCUGGGAAAGACUCUUAGCAUCUUAGCAUUGAUAUGCUCCUAUUUAGACGUGACAGAGACCCAAAUGUCCGUAAACGAAGAGAUUUUGCCCAGACAAUGCUGGACAACGCUCGUUAUCACACCAAAGUCAACUAUACAUAGCUGGCAACAGCAAUGCGAAAGUCACAUCCAUCAAGGAAAGUUAAAAACUGUGGUAUAUCUAAGCUCGGGACGAAAAAGGUUGCACAGUGAGCUUCAAAGCUCGGACAUAAUUUUCACCACUUACGAAACGAUGAGACGAGAUUGGGUAGAGAAAGGUCCUUUAUUCGCCAAUUCUUGGUAUCGUGUCGUUCUUGACGAAGCACACCAUAUCAGGACGAGGGACUCCCAAAUAUUCAAAGCUGCAUGCGAAAUCCAGGCUUUGUACCGGUGGUGUUUAACCGGAACACCAAUCCAUAAUUCUCUCGACGACUUCGCAGCACUUCUGAGCUUUGUUCGUGUGCCACUGUUUAUGGAUAAAAAGAUGUUCGACUUUUGGAUAACAACGCCAGUUCAACAAAAAGUCUCAUAUGGCCUGCAAAGGCUCAGUCUCUUGAUCAAAAACACCUGUCUACGGCGUACUAAGAAGCUAACUGACCUGUCAUAUCAGUUACCUGAUCGACGAGAACAGACAGUAUGGGUAGAACUAUCACAGGGAGAUCGCGACUUGUAUACCUUUUUUGAAAGAGAGGCAGCCAAGAUUGCAUCCGGUUUUUAUCGACACAAUGUUGCAACUUCUACUCCAGAUGGUUUGAAAAACAACAUAUUAAAACUGAUCAAUUUCCUUCGCUUGAUAUGCGAUCAUGGAGAGAAACUUCUCCCUCAAUCAGCUAUUGACACUUGGCUGGCAGCAGGAGACAAAGCUAUUGAUUGGCAAAAGAUCCAGGAGUCCCAGGAAUUAUGUGAAGUUUGCGGUCUGAAGAUUGAUGGCUUCCAGGAUCAAUCUGUGAGCAGCCUCGAUGGUUCAUUUCCACAAGUCAUAUGUCGAUCAUGUCUUGCUACUACUGAGGAGAAUGAACCUAGCAGUCAUUCAAUAAACUUCUGUCAUUCUAUACCCACCACAGACGGUAUCACAGGAGAAGUAUACACUACAACUGGAGUCCCUACAUAUCAACAGUCAUCAAAGGUGAAAGCUUUGAUUGACAACCUUCACCAAGAGCAAUCUUGUUCCGACCAGUAUAGCCCAAGUCAACCCAUUAAAAGUGUCGUUUUCAGCUCUUGGAAGAAAAUGAUAGAUUUGACUCAGCAGUGCCUCGAGGCUAGCGGUUUUGUUUGUGCACGAAUUGAUGGUCAAUUAAGCCUAGAAAACCGGACGAAAGCGAUGAAACAGUUUAACUCGGAUCCUAGGUGCACUGUAAUGCUUGCCACUACUGGGAGCGCCGGUGAAGGAGUGGACUUCACAGUUGCCAACAACGUACACUUGCUAGAGCCGCACUGGAAUCCAAUGAUAGAAGCUCAGACACUUGAUCGUGUUCAUAGGAUAGGACAGUCGCGGGAAGUGCUUAUAACUAGGUAUAUGACAAAAGAUACGAUAGAAACGUAUGUGCAAUGGAUACAACGCGAAAAGCUUAAACUUAUUCAGCAGUCACUGGGCUCCAAGGAACUUUCUCAAGCAGGUGUUGAGGACGAACGAUGGAAGGUUAGAAAUUGA